GAAUAUACAGAUCCGAAAACAUUUGCUGAAAAGGAUCGAAUCAUUCAAUUUCCUUAUGUGCCACCGGCUAAUGAAAAGAGUGAAGAGGAAUUAGCCAGAGCAGAAGAAAGAAGGCAAGAACAAGCUCGCCGUUUAAAAGAACAGGCCGCAAGAUUAAGACAUCAAAAGUUAAAAGAUCUAGAAAACAAUUUGGAAUUUUACAUGGAAAUCAAAACAAGCAAGUCCUCAAUGAAAAAAGCAGAAUUUAUUGCAAAGCUUAAAGAAAACAGAAUCAGUGAUGAAGCAGAAUUGGAUGAGAUCAUUCAAAAAACCGAAAAGUCAGUGCAGCGAGCAAGGAAUAAAUUAUUAGGAAUUGAAGAAUUAAAUGAGGCUGAGCGAAAGGAGAAAAAAAAGCAAAUUGCUUCCAAGAGUCUGCAUGAAACACGUCAAAGACAACGAGAAGCAAAAGAGUUAGCUAGACGACAACAAGAAGAAGAAAAAAGAAUGGAAGAGCAAAGACGACAAACGGAUUUUGAAGGCUGGUUAAACGAACUUAAGCAGAAUUAUCAGAAUCAACUUGAUAAAGUAAAAAAUCUCAAACGAAAAAAAGAACAACUCUCUGAUCGGAGGAGUCAUGCUUCCCAAUUGCGCAUGAAAUCAAUUGCUAAUUUGGCUAGUGACACUCCACAGCAAAAGAGACGUAGAAGAGGUCAAGAUGGUAAUUGUCAAGACACAUUUGGAAUGGAUGAUAAUGAUUGGGCUAUUUAUAAAGAAAUAGUAAAAUAUGAAACCAAACUUCUUCAAUAUGAUUCUACAUUUCUUCCAGAGCAUACAUUUGAUGCAAAGAACUCUGUUAAGAAUUCCCUUAUUUUCAUGUUUACUCGAGGAGUCACACCUCCAUUUGAUCCAGAGAAUUUUGCACAGAUGCAUCAAUUACAUGUAAAUGUUGAAAGAGUAAGGGUUCCAGAAGCUCUAUUUCAACCUAGUAUACUUGGGUUGGAUCAAGCUGGAAUAGUAGAAACCAUUGGAGAAAUAAUAAGCCGAUUUGAGGAUGUAGAUGCAAGAAAAAAGACGAUUCGGUCUGUAUUUGUUACUGGAGGGCACACGCAAACACCGGGUCUUUCAAAACGGUUAGAAAUUUCACUUCGAUCAAUUUUACCAGCUGGAUCACCACUCCAAAUAAUUCAUGCGAAAGAUCCAGUACUUGAUGCAUGGCACGGUGCAGCCCUUUGGGCUCGAUCAUCCGAAUUUCAGAAUUAUUCUGUUACGGUAGAAGAAUAUAACGAAUGUGGAGGAGAAUACAUAAAAGAACAUCGAUUUGGCAAUGUAUAUUAUAAAACAUGA